AUGUCUCAAAAGAGCCCCAAGAGCGGUUCGCCGCGGUCUCCACGGUCUCCCCAGAGUCAGGGACCUGUCGCAACUGCUGCACAGGCGCUUGAAGUCGAUGAUCUUCCUGAGGGGGAGGAAGAUGACCCAGGCCUUGGCGAAGACUUCGAAAGCUCAACUGCCUCCAUCACCUCAAGCAUCCUCCACUAUCGUACCAUCAAUGGUAGGACGUACCACAGCGAGAGAGGGAACGCGGCCUAUUGGGGCUCUAAUGAUGAACGGCAAAGUGAAGCCAUGGACAUUGCGCAUCACAUGUUUACUCUUUCGCAAAGUGGAGAGCUGCACUUGGCUCCUCUCAGCGAUAAUAUUCAAAAGGUGCUUGACGUUGGAUGUGGAACAGGCAUAUGGGCCAUUGAUUUUGCCGACAAGUAUCCCGGGUGCGAAGUGAUAGGGACGGACAUUUCUCCCAUUCAACCUUCAUGGGUGCCACCUAAUGUCAAGUUCGAAAUUGAGGACUUCAACCAAGACUGGACCUUUCCCCCAGAGUCAUUCGAUUAUGUCCACCUACGCUAUUUAGUUGGAUGCGUUCCAAAUUGGGACAAUCUCUUUGAACAGGCCUUUAAGGUUCUUAAGCCGGGCGGUUGGGUCGAGUCCUUUGAAGCCUCAGCUAUCAUCGAGAGUGAUGACGAUAGUGUGAAGCCCGACUCGGCAUUAGCACAGUGGGGACCUAUCUUUAUCAAAGCCUCAAAAACAAUUGGAAACACAUUCACUGUCGUGGGUGACAAUCUUCAGCGACCUGGCAUUGAGAAAGCAGGGUUUAUAGAUGUCGAGCAAUGGGACUCAAAGUUACCAUUGAACCCUUUCCCGAAAGAUCCCAAGCUCAAAGAAAUGGGUCAAUUUGGUGAGCUUUUCAGCACUCGGGACACUGAAGGCUUGGUGUUGUUCGUUGCCAACACUCUGGGAUGGACUCCUGAGGAGGUCCAUGUAUAUAUCGCCAAGUUCCGGCGAGAGAUCAGAGACAGGAGGAAUCACCCGUAUAUUCGCCUGAGAACUGUGUGGGCCAGGAAGCCAGAGUAA